ACAGCUAAUUGUUGUCGUAUAUUAUAUUUCCUUUUUUAUUUUGUAAUAGUAAUUUUCAUCAAUUUACUUCUUAUUUAAAAUUUAAAAUUAUCUUACUGUGUAUUUAUACACCUUAGCAAAUGACUUGUACUACACAUUUAUAAACCUGUGAUUCUGAUCUUUGAAAAAGUGAAAGUCAGCUUGUUUUUAAAUGGAAAAUGUAAAACAAGCUUCACUGUGUCGUUUGUAUUUAUAUAUUUCUUUAUUGUCUCUCAGGUUACCUCUGUCCAUAGUGGAGAGCUCGCAGUUUCUGGGGAUUUGUGCACUACCAGGCUGCAAAUUCAAAGACAUCCGCCGGAGUCUGGAGAGAGACGUUGAGGAGCUGCAGAGCCAGGGGGUGCAGGAUGUGUUUGUUUUCUGCACCAGAGGAGAGCUGAGUAAGUACCGGGUUCCCUCCCUGCUGGAGGUGUACGGGCAGCGAGGUUUCACCGUGCAUCACACGCCCUUCCCCGACGGAGAGGCACCGCUGAUGGAGCUGAGCUGCAGGAUCCUGGAGGAGCUGCAACUCAGCCUGCGGAGCAGCAGGAGGACCGUCAUACAGUGA